CCGUUCUUCGCCCCUCAGUCACAAACAAUAAAUAUAAACUCCCGGUGAAAGCUCUCCCGCGCUAAAAUGGCAGUCUAAAGGCGUGCAGCGGCUAAUCUUGCAGCGGCAACAACUCGGCAGUGCAACGGCUAAGUGCACUGGCUAUUUCUGGCAAAAUGGCGUCUCUCUCGGCAACCACAUACAGCUUUGCUGUUGUCGACAGCAGUACCGAACCCCUCGACUUGUUAACGUCAUCGGACUCGCCCUUGUUUUUAUUCACCCUUUCACGACUAACACUGACCAGCAGCAGUCAUGACACUCUCCCAGCUGGCCUUGGAGGACGUGGAGGCCCUGUACUUCGAGCCCUCGUUUCUGAUGGCUGACCCCAUGGGGCCCCUUCUGGACCAAGAUGAAGAAGAAGCUCUUUCUCCCUCCUCCUCUCUAGAGGGGAAGGCACCAGCUUCGCCUCCCCUCUCUUUCUCCUCCUACGCAUCCUCCCCGUCUCCUUACCAGACCCUGUCGUCUUCCCCACUCUCUUCUGCCUCCCCACCUCCCUCUCCACCCCCCAACCAUUACUCCUCGUUCCUGGAAACCAAGGCUGGAGUGGACUCCCUGUCCCUCCCCUGGCUGGGUGCCAGUGACCUGCUCGACGCCCAUGUGGGAGCAGACAAUGGCAACGCAGAUGAUGCCUUUGAGGGCAUGGACUGGAUGUCAGAGAAAAUCGACCUGAGUGAAUUUGACCUGGAUUCCCUCAUUGGCUCCUGCUCAUCCGAUGGGUCUCCCAGCUCCCCCGAGGAUCUCCUGGCUUCCCUUGACUCCCAUGUAGAUCUGGACCUAGAGUCCUUCGACACAGCCAUCCCCGUCCCACAUGACAACCUGGAGCUGGGUCUGUCGCUACCCAGCAUCCCUUCUCUUCCUCUGGAGCUCCCUCUCCCUGGGGCAGACGAGGCCAAGAAGACAGAGGUGGCUCCUGAUCAGGAGGUUGUUAUGAAGUCUGAGCCUCUCUCCCCGGCUCCCUCUCCAGCCUACACAUUGGAGCUGGGGAGUGAAGUGGAUGUCCUGGAUGCAGUGAAAGCAGCCACAUCCCUCACAGCCACCAUCAUUCCAGAUCCCAGUGGAAGCAUUCAGACCACCAGCCCCAUUGUGCUCUCUCUUUCUGCUUCUGGCCACUUUGUGGUGUUGCUCACCAACAAAGAUGAGCCCUCCCUCAUAUCUCUCCCUGACCAGGCCAUCAAAACCUCUCCUCCAUCAAGCGACUGCGACAGCGACUCUGGCAUCGAGUCCGUUGCCAGCUCACCUCCUCGCCUCCCAUCUCCUCCCUCCACCCUCUCUCCAACAGCUGGUUCCUCCAGGACCAAACCCUACUCCAAAUCAGAACCCUCUGACACACCCUCCCCCUCGGCCAAGUCCUCCAGGAUCAAAUCAGUGUCUGGUGCUCCCAAGGUGGUGGAGAAGAAACUGAAGAAGAUGGAGCAGAACAAGACGGCAGCCACUCGCUACAGACAGAAGAAGAGGGUCGAGAAGGACCUGCUCUCCGUAGAGUGCGAAGAGCUUGAGAAGAGGAACAACGAGUUGGCUGAAAAGGCAGAGUCCAUCAGCCGAGAGAUUCAGUAUCUCAAGGACCUGAUGGAGGAAGUUCGUAAGCGCCGUGUCAAGGCCACCACAGUGGCAUAGUUAACAGAAUAUGAGAGGCACAUUCUGCUGUGUUAGAGUAGUGGCGGCGUUGUUUCUGCUCCAUUACUCACAUGCCAUUACAAAGUACCACUUAGUAUUACAAGAAUGCUUCCAGAGAUUAAAGAAAAAUGGCAUGUGAGGGUGGAUGUAUGAAACUUGAGCAGCAGCAAAGGGAGACUGGCUGGAUGAGAAAUGAAAAGGCUCUGAAAGUUGAUGAUAGUGUAGAGCAGAGCAGGGGGCUGGGAGGUAGUCAGGUGAAGCAUCUGUACAUGCUUGUCUCUCAGUCCCCUGUUAGAUCCCCAUAAUGUACUUCCUGUCUUACAAGCAGUACUUGUACAAACAGGCAGGCUGUAUAUUUGUAUUUGUAGAUUAGGCAUGCAAAAUCCAAAUCACCAUAGCUCCCAGUAGUGUUGUAGACCUUAAAAAAAGAUAUUCCCUCACACUCCGAGUAUCCGUCAACCGCUCCGCUUCAAUAAAAGAAAUCUGUGUCAGUAAAGUGAGAAAAAACUUCUACCUGUUACCCACUCCUUUGUACCCCAUUUCCACCUUCCUCUUAACAGCUUCAAGUCCAGAAAGGGGCCUCAACCUAUUUAUGAAAUCUCGAUGUUACACUGUCAACAUGUUUUUCGUUUUUUUUUCUUCAUGUAUAUAGUUUUCUCCUCCUUUGCUUGCCGAUAGUAGCUUCUGUUAUUUAAUGCUGGAUGAAACUUGAUCAUGUCUUGAGUAGCUCAGUCUCAGCACGGCUGUUUGGCAUGUAAAAAUGCUUUGCUCUUCUUUUUCUAAUAAAUAUCUAUCAGUGCUCAAGUGA